GCGGACAAGCAGCCCAAAGUGUGCGCCUGCUUUUGGGGUCAAAUUACGCGCAGAGGCACUGGGAGGGACUUGUCGUGCAUGUGGACAAGAAGAAGGAGUCCUCCCUCCUCCUCCAUCCUGCUGCCCUCCCCGCUCCUCCUUCGCGGACACCGUCAGGGUCUUUCUGGGCCAGUCCGCCGUGAGAGGUACACCUCAGCAGAGAGUCACUUCCCCGGGCAGGCAGGAGGCGAGCGUGUCGGCCUGUGCUGAUCUUAUUACGCGCCAUCAUGCUGGCCAGCAGCGAGAAGUCAGUGGCCCCCCCCAGCAGGCAGCAAAGACCAAAAGUGGCCGAGAAGACCAUGGACCCCAUUCAGAGGCUCGGACUGCUGGACAACGAGGACGUCCGCGUCAUGAUGCAAGGCUCCAACAUGGUCAAAGUCCGCUCCUCGAGGUGGCAGAAGAGCCGAAGCCUCCGUCUGCUGGAGGACGGGCUCACCGUGUGGUGCGAGUCGUCCAAAAGCUCCCGCAAGGCCAAGGCCCGUCAGACGUUUGCGGUUACCGAGGUGGAAUGCGUGCGCGAGGGCUGCCAGUCGGAGGCGCUGAGGCGUCUGUCUGGUUCGGUGCCGGACAACCGCUGCUUCACGGUGGUGUUCCGGGGAGCCAGGAAGAGUCUGGACCUUCUUUGCCCGUGUGAGGAUGAAGCUCAGCGCUGGGUGCGAGGGCUGCGCACCUUAAAAGAGCGCGUCGCCAACAUGACGCAGAAGGAGAAGCUGGACCAUUGGAUCCGCGGCUACCUGCGGCGAGCGGACCAGAACCAGGAUGGCAAGAUGAGCUACGACGAAGUCAAGCGUCUGUUGCAGAUGAUCAACAUAGACCUGAGUGAGCAGUACGCUCGCAAUCUCUUCAAAAGGUGCGACCGAUCCGGGGACAGCCGCCUGGACCACAAUGAGAUCGAGGAGUUCUGCAGGGAGCUGCUGCGCCGGCCCGAGCUGGACGCCGUCUUCCGCCACUACUCUAGUAACGGCUGCGUGCUCUCCACCGCCGAGCUGCGCGACUUCCUGGGCGACCAGGGCGAGGACGCGUCCCUGUCGCACGCGCAGAGUCUCAUACUCACCUACGAACUCAACGACUGGGCUCAGAAGAACCAGUUCAUGACCCAGAAUGGCUUCACCAUGUACAUGCUGUCGGGGGAGAAUGACAUUUUCAACCCCGACCACGCCAGAGUCUACCAGGACAUGAGGCGCCCCCUGGCCCACUACUUUAUCUCCACCUCCCACAACACCUACCUCACCAAGGACCAAGUGACCAGCGCCAGCAGCACCGAGCCCUACAUCCGGGCGUUAAAUCAAGGCUGUCGCUGUGUGGAGUUGGACUGCUGGGAUGGCGACAAAGGCGAACCGGUCAUAUACCACGGCCACACGCUCACCUCCAAAGUGCCUUUCAAGGAGGUCAUCGAGACCAUCGCCCAGUACGCCUUUAAGGCGUCCCCGUACGCUUUAAUCCUGUCCCUGGAGAACCAUUGUUCCGUGGAGCAGCAGGUGGUCAUGGCCAAACACCUUCACAACAUCCUGGGCCACAAACUGCUCACCAAGCCCGUCAGCGGCCAGACGCUUAAGGAUCUACCUUCACCUGAGGACCUGAGGGGACGUAUCCUGGUCAAAGGGAAGAAGCAAAUCCCUCACCUGGGCCAGCUGGGCAAGAACGGCAGCUACGGCAGCUUCUCCUCCAGCUCUGAAGACGAACAAGCAAGCAGCAACAAGAACACGCCCAAGAAGGACCCGGUCAAGGCCUGCUCCAAGCUGAGCGUGGAGCUGUCCGAGCUGGUGGUGUACUGCAGGAGCGUCCCUUUCUGCGGCUUCGCAAACGUGUGUGACAAACCUCCCGAAGAAAUGUCCUCCUUCUCAGAGAACGACGCCCUCAAGCUCAUCAAAGACUCGGGCAAGCUUUUUGUACGACACAACAGCAGGCAGCUGAGCCGGAUCUACCCCUCGGGCCAGCGCUUGCAGUCAUCCAACUAUGAUCCCCAGGAAAUGUGGAACUGCGGCUGCCAGAUGGUGGCUCUGAACUUUCAGACGCCCGGCGAGCAGAUGGACCUGAACCAGGGCCGCUUCCUGCCCAACGGCCGCUGCGGCUACGUCCUGAAGCCCGGCUUCCUGUGUUCCGGCGAGUCCGACUUCAACCCGGAGAACACGGGCGGCGGCCCCGGCCACAUCCCCACCCAGCUGACUAUACGAGUAAUAUCAGCGCAGCAACUUCCAAAAAUCAACACGGUCAAGGCGAGCUCCAUUGUGGACCCGCGGGUGUGGGUGGAAAUCCACGGGGUGGCUAUCGACAACACCCGAGACAAAAGCCAUCGCAUUGACAACAACGGUUUCAACCCGCGCUGGGACUGCACGCUCAGCUUCCAGCUGCAGGUGCCUGAGCUGGCCCUGGUGCGCUUCAUGAUCGAGGACCACGACCACACGGCCAAAAACGACUUUGUGGGACAGUACACGUUGCCGUUCACCAGCCUGCGCACAGGCUACAGACACGUCCACUUGCUGAAGGCGGACGGGUCCAGGCUGGCCCCGGCCACGCUCUUCGUCCACGUCCAGGUGGCCCGCAAAGGAGUGCCCAUCAAAAAUGUGCCUGAAGGUUCGAAUUCUCCUAAAGUGUGACCUCCAUUGGAAUAACGUGAGAAAAGUCAACUCGGGAUAACUAAAAUUUCAUGUUAUAGAGUACAGUUCCAUCCAUCCAUCCGUCCAUUUUCUACUGCUUGACCCCCUCGGAGUCGCAGUUGUUCCUGGAAAAGAUGAUUAUUAGUGUUUAGCCACAUAACGAUACGAUCCAAAUCCAAUUCCUGGGGUGACGAUUCAUUUCAGAAUCUAUUUUCGAUUCAAACCGAUUCUCGCAAUGAAUUAUUUGGUAGGGGUGUGAAUCUUUGGGCACCUAACGAUUCGAUUUGAUUCCUGGGGUGACGAUUCGAUUCAGAAUCGAUUCUCGAUUCAACAUGAUUCUCGAUUCAAAUUGAUUCAAACCGAUUCUCACAAUGUAAUAUUUGGUGUAAUACUGAUGAAGAAACUUUUUCAAAACAGGUUACAGGUUUUAAAAGCUCCUUCUGGUUGCAUGGAGAUGGCUUAAAAACAUAUUUUAUUAAAAAGUGAUUCUUAUAAAAUAAAGUGAAAUUUAGUUUAUUUUUUAAAUUUAUUUUUUUGAAAAUUAUGAAUUGAUUUAGAAACGGAAUGAAUAAGAAUCGCGGUUUGAAUGUGAAUCGAUUUUUUUAUGCACCCCAAUUAGUCCGUGUAAUGAUUUUAAUGAAACUUUCAAAACAGGUUACAGGUUAGAAAACCUCCUUCUGCAUGCAUGCAGAUGGCCUAAAAACUGAUUUUUAAAAACUGAUUCUUUAGGAUAAAUAAAAAUCGCAAUUCGGAUGUAAAUCUAUUUUUUUGUGCACCCCUAAUGAUUAUUAAUACUGUCACCAAUUAACAAUAAUUGUGAAUUCGAUAAAUAACAAAGGAAUAUGUUUUAAUUGAAUGACUCUUACUGUACUUUGGCACUUUUAAAGUGGAAAUGCAUUUUUGGGGGAAUUUUGCCUAUCAUUAACAAUCCUUUAUGAGAGACAAGAACACCUGUGUAUUUUUUUUUUGCAUUCCAACUUGUAAUAAUCAGCCCGUUCCAGGUGGAUAGCAAUGCUGCAAGUGGAGCAAUCCAUCAUUCUAAAAAUGCAUUUCAAAAACCACCAGCAAUACUUUAUUUACAUUUCGUUACCUGUAUAACAACCAAGCUGUAGUGACAUUGUUAUUGUAAGAGCAAACACUGAGGAACGCUUUUUCUAGCGUAGUAACACAUCGCCUUGCAACGGCAUGCUACGGCUUUAGCCGUAAACUCGCUUCUGCGUCAGCAGCUGAAUGGCUUUUGAGUUUGUAAUGCACAACACAAUGUGAUAAGACACCAAUCUGUUCUGACUGAAAAACAUGAACAAUCAUAUUACAGUAUCUGUAAAGUAUUAGCCCACAUUUCAUGUUUUGUUUGUACACAGCUAGCUUGACAGCGUAUGUACUGUAGUUAUACUAAAAAGCAUGACGUGCUGCAUGCAUCAUGAUCAAUAAUAUAGUGACUCACUUGAUAGACAGUUAUCCGUUUGGUCCAGCUGGCCGGGGACGUUUCCAGUAGAUUUUGGGUAAGCACUCCAUUUCUGUCGGAAUAGCUUGGCUCCAAGUUCCACAUUUACAGUGUCAAGUCACGACGGUCCUGAGUCUCUCGGCUUACAUCUGUUCCAACCUUUCAUCCUCUGCUCGCUUAGCUUCUAUAACCAGCAGUUGGUCCUCCGUAUAUUCAGCUUCAGAAAAGAUAAGGUUGUGCCUCAUUUGUCCAAAAAUAUUAAUUUUAGUCGUCCAUUAUCAAGUCUGCCAUGAUUUGAUUGAUUGAUUGAUUGAAACUUUUAUUAGUAGAUUGCACAGUACAGUACAUAUUCCGUACAAUUGACCACUAAAUGGUAACACCCGAAUAAGUUUUUCAACUUGUUUAAGUCGGGGUCCACGUUAAUCAAUUCAUUAGAACACACUCGCGUUUGUUGCCGGUAGUAGGAAGUGCUUUGCACUGAAAUAAAUGCACCCAGGAAAUAUGUUUUGGUAAUGAUUAAAAUGACCAAAGUAUGGUAAUUAUUGUACAUAUUACAUAUUGUUAUGAAUAUAUCUGUUACUACAUUAUAUAUAUAUACUUGCAGCGUGUACAUAAAAGGUUGAUGGAUGGUUGUGAAGUUGUUUUAGAGGGCUUUGAAGGCAACAUAGAGGACUCCCAUUAACUGCAUCCUGCAAGCGUUUUAUUUCUUUUAGUCCGUCCAUCCAUCCAUUUUCUACCGCUUGUCCCUUUCGGGGUCGCGGGGGAUGCUGGAGCCUAUCUCAGCUGCAUUCGGGCGGAAGGUGGGGUGCACCCUGGACAAGUCGCCAACUCAUCACAGGGCCAACACAGAUAGACAGACAACAUUCACACUCACAUUCACACACUAGGGCCAAUUUUAGUGUUGCCAAUCAACCUAUCCCCAGGUGCAUGUCUUUGGAGGUGGGAGGAAGCCGGAGUACCCGGAGGGAACCCGCGCAGUCACGGCGAGAACAUGCAAACUCCACACAGAAAGAUCCCGCGCCUAGGAUUGAACUCAGGACCUUCGUAUUGUGAGGCACAUGCACUAACCCCUGUUCCACAGUGCUGUUACUUUUAGUAUCCUAAAAAAAAGGACAUGUGUUUUUGUCUCUCAUAAGGAUUGUGAAUGAUAGGCAAAAUUCCAAAAAAGUGCAGUUCCUUUUUAAUAUCUCUUAUACGUUUUUUUUUACCUCCACAACUUGAACUUAAUGAGCAGUAUUAUCUUAAAGGCAAAUGUUUACUUGUCCUCUUUAUGCUACAUUUCACAUGAGCUGCAGUUGAGUCAACGCACAUUUGACUUUUAUAUGUUUGCUAACAAAUUUUCCUUGUCCUCUGCAUUGCCAAAACAUUGCAAAUUCAUUGGAUGAUGUUCUUUGUAUUGAAUUGGGAAAUGGUCCCUAUACAUGAAGUGUUGCGCAUGGAUUACUUAGUGUAGGACUUCCAAUAAAUGUCCGUAAUAUCUUAAUUUAAACCUUGCAGUAUUACAAGUUGUUAACAUAUGUUUAGUUUCAUGCAGUGGUUUAUUUAUUUGUAACUAAUAGCUUCAUUGCUAAUGACAUGAUACAUAAUGUUUUAUUACAUACAGAUCAGCUCAAAGUCAUUAAUAACAUUGUCUCAUUCUGUGUUUAUCCUCGUUUUGUAACAAAGCACUUACAGGUGCUAGUGGUCUUUUUAACAAACACUUUCUAAUGCCCUCCAGCAAGUGCCAAUAAAG